AGGGGAUAGAAUAUACAGUUUGUACAGUAUAAAAACAUUACGCCUAUGGACUGUCCCCACGGAGAUAGUCAACCAGACAUGUGUGUGUGUGUGUGUGUGUGUGUGUGUGUGUGUGUAGAUCAGACAUGUUCAAGUCUCUUAUUCAUCUCAUAAGUGUCUCGUCUUGAGCUUCAGAAAAGGAAAUCUCAAAUGUGAUGAUCUCAGACAUGAUUCACAGAUUUUCAUUGAGUUCAGCAAACAGUAAAUUGUGUAACGGGACAUUCUGUAAGUCAGUGGUCACCAACCCUGCUCCUGGAGAUCGACCGUCCUGAAGAUUUCAGCUCUAACCCCAAUCAAACACACCUGAACUAUCUAAUCAAGGUGUUCAGGUUUGCUGGAUAAUGACAGACAGGUGUGCUGAAGCAGGGUUGGAGCUGCAGUCUGCAGGACGGUCGAUCUCCAGGAGCAGGGUUGGUGACCACUGCUGUAAGUCAUUCAUCUCAAACAACUGUGAUUUUACAUUCGAAAAAACUUAUGAAGUCAUUUUAAAAUGUGUGUGUGUGUUUAGAAUGUCCUCCUGUACGCAGACCUCCAGGAGUCGACCUUUGACCUGCGGAAGCUGCCGAGCCGUCGGUUUGAGGCCAUGGAUCAUUUCCACAAGUGUUUUCUGAUCGUGAAGUUAAAGAGAGAUGAGGUGUGUGAGCAGAGAGAGACGGAUGAGGAUAGACGCAGGGAUUGGAGGGCUAUACGUGUGGAUCUGGUGGCUCCUCCCAUUGAACGCUAUGCUUACGCUCUGCUGGGAUGGACCGGUUCAACGCUUUUUGACCGAGAUCUGAGACGAUUCGCCAGACUGGAGCGAGGAAAACUAUUGGACAAUCACGUGCUGUAUGACAAAGCCACGCUCAAAACUGCUGCCCCAUAUGUGUCAUGUGGUGCACUUAAAAACCUUGACAAUGCGACCCUCCCCCAGCCCCCCCACACACACAUCGUAUGGCUGUCACCUUAAUGACCUCGUCCGAGUUUGCAGGUCUGUAUUUUAUGAUGAUUGUUUUUCAUGGAAUAUUAUUCCAAUAGCUGUUUGAACACUUGUCAAUAAUUAAAGGCCUGAAAAUGAAAUCCAUUCAGGAACUCCAUCAUAAUUUCAUUGUGUAGUGCAUUUUAUUUCAGAAGAAACAGCGAGUCUGUCUCUGGCCACGCCUGCCCUCAUUUGCAUUGUAAAUGUGUGUUUUAGGUGAAAGUGAAGCGGACACCUGGAGUUGUUGUUGGUUUUUCAGCACCGGCCUGUCGCUUCUGUUAAAUGUGUUUUCUGUGCGCCGUGUUUCUUUCUGACACGUUUGUUCCGCUCGAGAUGUGUUUGUGCUCGCAGCAUCACUGCGGUCGCCUCUCUAUCUGAUGACAUCACGCCCGCAGCACCGCCCCCCCCCCCUUCUCUCUCAUCAGUUAUGACAUCUGUAAUGACUUUGUCUCCUCUAUGGCAAGGUCAAGUUUGUUCAUGCUGAACACGGCUCAGAGUCUCAGUGUAUGUGAGCGGAGCGGCCGUCUCCUGUGAUGAUCUGUGAAGAACUACUCUGCAUUUACAUUUAUGUCUUAUUGCUGUUUCAAAGAAAACAAGUUUGUGUUUCUUCAAAAUGUGAUCAUUUGCUUUGCCUCUGAAACCCCAAACCUUCAUAUUUUCAGCCGUCAUAUAGAGACCUUUUCUCCAUCACAAACUCUCUGAAGGACUUCAAUUUGAGUGGUGAAGUGCAUUGUGAAGUUUCUGAGACUCGAAGUUCAUAACAUCCACUGACCCUGUACAUGUGAUUCUGUCAUUCAUCACGUCUCUCUGUUUAUUCUUCUUAGUAAAUGUCUGUUUGU